GCUGAUAGCUGUACAGUGUGUGACAAUGCAGCCAGUGAGGUGACGCUUUAUUGUUUCUACGGUGACCAUGUAAACCUGACUUGCUCAGGCAGCAAUAUUUGAUUUCUUUCCCUGGUUGAGUUUUCAGGACUUCAAAUACUUAAGAUGAGUCUGUGGUCGUUGCAAAAUCUUGUUACAGGUGUAGGUAAUUCCGAAGCAUCAUGUCCAGUGACAAGCUAUUGCCUUGGGCCCAAUAUAUGGCUUCAGGGACUAAAAAUGGGAACUGCCCUUUGGAAAUGCUUUCUGGGAACAGGAAUAGACCCAGAACCUCUCCUGUCUAUUCUGCUGCAAUCAGAGACCCAAGAAGAGAUCUAAUGUCUGCUAAAUCAUGUAUGCUUUCCAAGAAAUGGCCAGCUCAAAGACUUUCUGCUUCCAGCCUGAAGUGCAGAGGAUCUGUGGAAACCGAAACAUUUCUGGCCAUAUCACCUGGCUACAGUAUGAAGAGAACCAAGGACCAUAUUGAAGUGACAUUAGAUGAAGAGUUUUUUGGGGGUGCUUUGCCAAAUGUAAAAUUGCCAGCCACACCUAGACCACUAGUAGACAAUAAUAUACAGAAUGAGCAAACAAGUUCUCAGAAGCCAAAGAAGAAAGAAAAAGCAUUAAUAAGUCAAGGUUUUGUGGAAGAUUUGCAGGAGCAAAUUGCUAAGCUGACUGCGAUGCUGGAGCAGGAAACAUCAGAACACCAGAAAACAAGGAUAAGACUGAACCAUGAACUGGAGAAGAAAGUUUCAGAGCUAAAAAUGCAAAAAGAAGAGGAAAUCAGGAUUCUCCAGGAGGAGCAUGACACCAAGCUGUUUGCUCUUAAACAAGAAGACAUUGCUAAACUAUCACGAGAGAAGGAAGAGGCUGAAGGCAGAUAUGAGGAACUGCUGAAAGAACUGAAACUAGUGAAAAGCUCUUUUAAGACUUAUCAGGAGAGCCUGUCAGAGGAGGUGAAUGAGGAAUGGCUGAGGAAGGAGGCCACGUUAAAAGAUUCAAGUGAAGAACAAAAGUCGAUGGAACUGUCAAAGCAAAGGCAGUCACUGUUGGGUAUGUUUGAAAUGCAGAAAAAGGAAAUACAGAAAAGAGCCUUGGAAGAACAAGCCAUGAUACAACAAAGCUAUGAAGCACAGAUUGAAGAAGUCUGGAAGAAAUACAGAGAAGCUACUCAAGAAACAAAGAUGUUUAAUGUGUUGAAAAUGCACCAACAGACAGAGAUUAAUGACAAAGCUGAAGCCAUACUGGCAAUCAAAAUGGAAUUAAAGCAAGCCCAUGAAGAGAUUGAGAAAUUGAAAAAUCAAAUUCACAAAAUUGAGAACAAUUUUGACCAAAAUGUCAGCAAAGUGGAGUCAAGAUACAAGAACAGAAUCCAGACUCUUAUGAAUGAGAAUUCAGAUUUAAGGUAAAAGAAUCAUACUAUUUGAUGGUUUUGUUAAAUCUGUAGUAACACCAAAUCUCCAC